CGGGCAGCGCGGCCCCGCCCUGCGGGGCGGGCGGAGCGCACCGCGUGAAACCGGGCCGGGCCGCUGCCUCCUGCCGCGCCGCUCGCUGCCCGCUCCGAAAUGCCGCUUCUCAGCGUGCCCAAAGAAGUGGCCGUCGGGACGGCGAUGCUGGGGGUCGCCUUUGCCACGGGUUUGCUUGCAGGUAGAAAAUACCCAUCUUUAGUUUUUGGGACACCGAGUGGUAUGAUUGCGAAAAACAGUCCUAUCCGACAAUACAUACUGGAUCACUCUCUGCGGGAACAUCCAAUUCUAAAGAAGCUGCGUCUGCUUACUGCUGAUCAUCCCUGGGGCAGAAUGAUGGUGUCCUGUGAGCAGGCUCAGCUUAUGGCAAAUUUGGUCAAACUCAUUAAAGCCAAGAAAGUUAUUGAAGUAGGUGUUUUCACAGGUUAUAAUGCCUUGAAUAUGGCACUUGUCCUGCCAGAUAACGGCCGAGUUAUUGCUUGUGAUAUAAAUGAGGACUAUGCCAAAAUUGGAAGGCCACUGUGGAAGGAGGCAGGAGUAGAGCAUAAAAUUGACCUGCGGAUUAAGCCAGCAAUUCAAACGCUUGAUGAACUGUUGGCCAAUGGAGAAGCGGAAACCUUUGACUUUGCUUUCAUUGAUGCCGAUAAAGAAAACUACAAUGAGUACUAUGAAAAAUGCUUGCGCCUCAUAAAGAAAGGGGGAUUAAUAGCUAUUGAUAAUGUCUUUUGGAAUGGAAAGGUGCUAAAACCAAGGAAGAAUGACUUGGCAGCACAGAGCAUCCACCACCUCAAUGAGAAGCUUCUCAGAGAUGCACGUGUCAAUAUCAGCAUGCUCCCAGUGGGGGAUGGAGUCACAUUAGCAUUCAAGUUGUAACAGCAGAUGGGAAAUAGCAAUCAGUAUCAAAUCAUCAGGAAAAACACAGGUGGAACAGUAUCAAAAAUUUAAUUUAACCUGUAUGUCCACUGGAUAGCAUAGCCCAGGAAAGCAGACUUUAGGAGCAGCAGGAUCCUAAGGACAGCUAAGUAGAGAAGAGAGAUAUAUUAUGAGAUCUGCUAUAGUUUCUUACUUUAAUUGUAAUAAAGUAAAUAAACUUACUUGAAAUUGU